GAGCACAUAACGGACAGGGCGCACUCUGAGGCGGCUUCUGCAGAGCGCAGGCUGGGACUGACGGGCACGGCAAGCCCAGGGCACCCCACCAAGCUGAGUGUGCAGGACGCGCCCCAACCAGCCCACCUCACGGCUGCUGAAUGAGGCUUCCGGGCGUCCGCUCGCGGUCCGCAGCGCCCCGCCGGAGGUCCGCCCGCUGAGGCGCGGCCAGUGCGCCGGCAGCCAGUGCACUCACCUGCCAGCCUGCGCGCCAUGGGGCAACCCGGUAACAACAGUGUCUUCUUGCUAGCGCCCAAUGGAAGCCACGAGCCGGACCACAACGUCACGCAGGAACGGGACGAGGCGUGGGUGGUGGGCAUGGGCAUCGUGAUGUCCUUUAUCGUCCUGGCCAUCGUGUUUGGCAACGUGCUGGUCAUCACAGCCAUCGCCAGGUUCGAGCGUCUGCAGACGGUCACCAACUACUUCAUCACCUCUUUGGCCUGUGCGGACCUGGUUAUGGGCCUGGCGGUGGUGCCUUUUGGGGCCAGCCACAUCAUCAUGAAAAUGUGGACUUUUGGCAACUUUUGGUGCGAGUUUUGGACCUCCAUAGACGUGUUGUGCGUCACGGCCAGCAUUGAGACGCUGUGCGUGAUCGCAGUGGAUCGCUACUUCGCGAUCACGUCACCAUUUAAGUACCAGAGCCUGCUGACCAAGAAUAAGGCCCGGGUGGUCAUUUUGAUGGUGUGGAUUGUGUCGGGCCUCACCUCCUUCCUGCCCAUCCAGAUGCACUGGUACCGGGCCACCCACCAGAAAGCCAUCAAAUGCUAUGCCAACGAGACCUGCUGUGACUUCUUCACGAACCAAGCCUAUGCCAUUGCCUCAUCCAUUGUGUCCUUCUAUUUGCCCCUGGUGGUCAUGGUCUUUGUCUACUCCAGGGUCUUCCAGGUGGCCAAAAGGCAGCUCCAGAAGAUUGACAAAUCUGAAGGCCGCUUCCAUGCCCAAAACCUCAGCCAGGUGGAACAAGAUGGGCGGAGCGGGCAUGGACAUCGCAGGGCCUCCAAGUUCUGUUUGAAGGAACACAAAGCCAUCAAGACUUUAGGUAUCAUCAUGGGCACUUUCACCCUCUGCUGGCUGCCCUUCUUCAUCGUCAACAUUGUACACGUGAUCCAGGACAACCUCAUCCCUAAGGAAGUUUACAUCCUCCUGAACUGGGUGGGCUAUGUCAAUUCCGCUUUCAAUCCCCUCAUCUACUGUCGGAGUCCAGAUUUCAGGAUUGCCUUCCAGGAGCUUCUGUGUCUGCGCAGGUCUUCCCUGAAGGCCUGUGGGAAUGGCUACUCCAACAAUUCUAACAGCAAAAGUGAUUAUGCAGGAGAACAGAGUGGAUAUCACCUGGGGCAAGAGAAAGAAAGUGAACUGCUGUGUGAGGACCCCCCAGGCACAGAAGACUUGGGGAACUGUCAAGGUACUGUGCCUAACGAUACCACUGAUUCCCAAGGGAGGAAUUGUAGUACAAAUGACUCACUGCUGUAAGGCGGUUUUUCUACUUUUUAAAGACCCCCUCAGAAAAAAAAAAAAAAAAAAAAAAAACACUAAAGAGACUAUUUAACUUGAGUGUAAUAAAUUAGAAUAAAAUUGUAUAGAGAGGUACAGGAGGAAGGACAUCCUUCUGCCUCUUUUUUUAUUUUUUUAAACUGUAAAAAAGAGAAAAAAUAUUUGAGUGAUUAUUUGUUUCUUGUACAGUUCAGUUCCUCUUUGCAUGGAACUUUUAAGUUUAUGUCUGAUGGGCUUUUGUCCCAGAGGACCUGGAUCUGCUAUGUUAUGACGACUUUUCUGUGUAUCUACCUCAUUGGCCAAGUAUUAGGGGUGAAAUAUUGCUGCUGGUAAUUUGUAUCCGAAGGAGACUUUCCUUCCUGCACCCUUGGACUUGAGGAUCUUGAGUAUCUCGGACCUUUCAGCUGUGAACAUGGACUCUCCCCGCUCCUCUUAUUUGCUCAAACGGGGUAUUGUAGGCAGGGAUGUGAGGGGCAGCUUCGGUUGUUUUCCUGAGCAAAGUCUAAAGUUUACAGUAAAUAAAUUGUUUGACCAUGACUUCAUUGCA